AUGGAUAACCCAAGGGUUUCUUUAGAACAAAAACGCGUAAUGAUAGCUUCGAAAAUUACUAAACUUCAGGAUGAACUAACAGCUGAAGGUGUUAAAACUAAGUCCAUUAACUAUCGCUUUACAAAAGUAAAGGAAUUAUUUGAACAAUAUGAAAAACUUAUUGAGAAACUCGAAUUAACUACACCAGAGGAUAAUGAAGUAAAUCUCGCGGAAGACGUUCGUACAUUAUUUUACGAUCUUAUGGAUCAAUUUGAAAAGUUAACUCAAUUGAAUAGAACUAACCAUAAUAAUUCACAUAAUGCAAACAUUAGUACGAAUAAUACUACAGCGGGAAAUACUACCUUUGUUGAGACUCAACGACUUGCUAAACUCCCUACUACUGAUUUACCUAAAUUCGAUGGUAAUUUUGAAAAUUGGCUAUCUUUCAAAAACACAUUUAAAACACUUAUUGAUACACGUAAUGAUCUUGAUGAUCUAAACAAAUUUUUAUACCUCCGCGGAUGUUUAAUUGGCUCAGCAACUAACAAGCUAGCGCUUUUUGAUGCGAGUGCAGAGAAUUAUAUUAAAGCUUGGGAUUUUUUAACUAAAACAUAUCAGAAGAAAAGAGCAUUAAUUUGUAAACAUUAUGACUCGAUACUUAAUCUUAAUACAAUUUCGAUCCCAACAACAGAUAAUUUAAACAAGUUGAUAGAUGAUGCUCGGCAACAUAUAAAUAAUCUACAGUCAUUUCAAAUUAAUAUUACCGAAUCCUUACUUGUACGAAUAUUAGAAAAUAAGUUACCAUCAGAAAUUAAAAACAAAUGGCAAGAAACGUUCACUGACAACGACACUCUCCCAACAUUCGAAUCAUUUUGUGAAUUUAUCUCAAACUUUGCCUUCAGACUUAAUACACACAGACCCGAUAAACAUCGCGAUUCCGAUCAUUCUUCCAAACGAAGACGUAAUGAACACUCGAAUAAUAAUUUGAAGAAACAAAAAACUGACACGCCAGUUCGAGCUUUAGUGACAACCUCCUCUUCUGCCUGCCCAUGUUGCAAACAUUUACAUCCACUCUAUAAAUGUCACACAUUCAAUGCAUUAACUGUAGGAGAACGCAUAAAAUUCGUAAAAUCUAGUAAACUCUGCAAUAAUUGUCUUCGCGUACACCAGGGAAACUGCACUUCUAGCAGAUGUCGAGUCUGUAAGAAAUUCCAUCAUACUGCAUUGCACAUUAAUCAAAAUGCAACUCAACAAACAAAUAAUGCUAACGUAUCAAAACAUGAUUCUGCCAAAAUCGAAUCACCCGCUACUGUAACAACUGAUAAGGGAUCUACAGCUUGA